GAUGCGGCGGCUCCUCCACGACACACGCUGCCUGGUCUCGCCCCUGCCCGCGCUAGGCUGAGGCGGCCCCGCGCCGGGAAGUCCCGGCAGCGGCACCUGGUGCCGGCGGGCGCCGGGCCGCAUGAACAAUAGGCGGCGGUCCCGGCCCCGCCGCCCCCCGCAGCGCCCGGCUGCCGCGGGCGCCUCCCCCUAUGGAGCAGCCUCGCCAUGGAGCCCCUCACCGAGCUCAGCCAGGAGGGCGCGGGCGGCGGGGAGCCGCCGGGCGACGGGCCGCUCUGGACCGCUGUCUUCGAAUACGAGGCGUGCGGGGAGGACGAGCUGAGCCUGCGGCCGGGGGACGUGGUGCAGGUGCUGUCCCGGGACUCGCACGUGUCCGGCGACGAGGGCUGGUGGACGGGCAAGAUCGACCAGCGCGUCGGCAUCUUCCCCAGCAACUACGUGAGCAGCGGCGUGCAGGGGGGCGGCCCGGAGCUGCGCGCCCGAUACCCGCCGCCCCCCGCCAUACAGCUCCUAGAGAUCGACUUCUCAGAGCUUGUUCUGGAAGAAAUCAUUGGCAUAGGGGGCUUCGGAAAAGUGUAUCGAGCUAUAUGGAUAGGAGAUGAGGUUGCUGUCAAGGCAGCUCGCUAUGACCCUGAUGAGGACAUCAGCCAGACCAUUGAGAAUGUCCGCCAAGAGGCCAAGCUCUUUGCAAUGUUAAAACAUCCCAACAUCAUUGCCCUCAGAGGCGUGUGUUUGAAGGAACCUAAUCUUUGCCUGAUCAUGGAGUUUGCCCGCGGAGGAUCGCUCAAUAGGGUGCUGUCUGGUAAAAGGAUACCUCCUGACAUACUGGUGAACUGGGCAGUGCAGAUUGCCAGGGGAAUGAACUACCUGCAUGAGGAAGCAAUUGUUCCCAUAAUUCACCGUGACCUCAAGUCCAGCAACAUACUGAUACUCGAAAAGGUGGAAAAUGGAGAUCUGAGCAACAAGAUGUUGAAGAUCACGGAUUUCGGCUUGGCCAGGGAGUGGCAUAAAACUACCAAAAUGAGCGCAGCUGGGACAUAUGCCUGGAUGGCUCCUGAGGUCAUCCGCUCUUCCAUGUUCUCCAAAGGCAGCGAUGUUUGGAGUUAUGGUGUGCUGCUUUGGGAACUGCUGACAGGAGAAGUACCAUUCAGAGGAAUUGAUGGUCUUGCAGUAGCAUAUGGUGUUGCUAUGAAUAAGCUUGCCCUUCCAAUCCCUUCCACGUGUCCUGAGCCUUUUGCCAAACUCAUGGAAGAUUGCUGGAACCCUGACCCACACUCACGACCUUCCUUUGCCACUAUCCUAGACCAUCUUACUGCCAUAGAAGAGUCUGGUUUUUUUGAAAUGCCCAAAGAUUCCUUCCACUCCCUGCAGGAAGACUGGAAACAAGAGAUCCAAGAGAUGUUUGAUCAGCUUAGAGCCAAAGAAAAGGAGCUGCGCACAUGGGAAGAAGAGCUGACUCGUGCUGCUGUUGAACAGAAGAACCAUGAGGAGCUGCUACGAAGGCGGGAGCAGGAGCUGGCAGAGCGUGAGAUUGACAUCCUGGAAAGGGAGCUCAACAUCAUCAUCCACCAGCUGUGUCAGGAGAAGCCUCGGGUCAAGAAACGCAUGGGGAAGUUCAAGAGGAGCCGGCUCAAGUUAAAGGAUGGCAAUCAUAUCAGCUUGCCUUCAGAUUUUCAGCAUAAAUUCACUGUGCAGGCUUCUCCAACGAUGGACAAAAGGAAAAGCUUGAUCAGUAGCUGCUCCAGCCCUCCUGCAAGUCCUACUAUUAUUCCCAGACUCAGGGCCAUACAGUUGACACCUGCUGAAAGCAGUAAAACGUGGGGACGAAGCUCAGUCCUUCCAAAGGAGGAAGGAGAAGAAGAAGAGAAGAGAGGCCAGAAGAAAAAGGGACGCACCUGGGGACCAAGCUCGCUUUGUCACAAGGAGCUAGGUGCAGGAGAAGAGGGUCUGAAAGCUCUGGUGGAGGGAUGCAAGCAGUGGUCAUCCAGUGCACCAAAUCUUGGGAAGAUCCAGAGAACUGCACCUGCUUUUCCAGGAUUCACCAGCUUAGCAGAGAUGGAUGAUGAGGACAGUGAAUGUUUUAAUGGAGAGGGCAAAGUGCACCCUUCACCUGUGCACAAUCAGUCAUACCUCUGCAUCCCAUUUCAGAAGAAUGAAGAAUGGGAUGGCCCUUCUAGUGAUGCCAAUGAGGAGUCCACCCCUGUAAACUCUGCUACCAGUACCCCACAGCUGACACCCACCAACAGCCUCAAACGUAGCGGCUCCCACCACAAGCGAUGUGAGAUUGCAUUGCUUGGCUGUGGAGCAGUGCUGGCUGCUGCAGGCCUGGGUUUUGAUCUCUUAGAAGCAGGGAAGUGUCAGCUGCUGAUUGAGGAAGAGCCAGAGGUGCCCAAGGAAGAGAAGAAGAAGCGUGACAGCCUUUUUCAGCGAGCUGGACGUCCACGCAGGAGCACUAGUCCACCUUCCCGGAAGAUCUUCAGGAAGGAUGAUCCCCUGUUGUUGCUAGGCGAGCCAUCCACAUCCCUCACCCUUCUUUCCCUGUCUUCCAUUUCCGAAUGUAAUUCCACCCGGUCCCUGCUGCGCUCAGACAGUGAUGAGAUUGUGGUUUAUGAGAUGCCUGUCAGCCCAGUGACAGUCAAGGCUCCCUUGCCAGCCAUUACAAACCCACUGGUCAAUGUCCAGAUCGAGAGGUUCAAACAAGACCCCAACCAGUCCCUGACUCCCACACACGUGACGGUCUCUUCCCACACCCAGCAAAGUGGACACAGGCGCACGCCUUCUGAUGGAGCCAUCAAAGGGGGUGGAUUGGUCGUCAAUGGGUGCCCAACCAGUGGAUGCCCUUCCAGUAGCUGUUUAACUGGAGCACUGGGAACAGGUGUAUUAAAAACACCUAGUCCAAGCAGAGAUCCCAGUGAGGUCCCUCGUUUGCCAGACCCCAACCUUGUUUUUCCUCCAACCCCAAGACGAUGGAAUGCACAGCAGGAUCCCACACUGGAAAGACCCAAGACACUGGAGUUCCUACCCCGGCCACGUCCUGCAGCCAGUCGGCAGCGGCUUGAUCCCUGGUGGUUUGUGUCACCCAGCAAUGCCAAGGGUGAAUCUUCUGCCAACAGUUCAAGUACUGAUACUCCAAGCAAUCUUGACUCUUGUUUUGCUAGUAGCAGCAGCACUGUAGAAGAGAGACCUGGACUGCCUGCACUGCUUCCUUUCCAGGUGGGUCCUCCUGCAGAGGAGCGGACACUGUUGGACAUGGAUGCUGAGGGGCAGAGCCAGGACAGCACCAUUCCGCUAUGCAGAAGUGAACUUAACACACACAAAGCUGCAGCAUAUGAACUCAAGCAAGAAUUCUGGUCUUAA